AUGGAGAAGACAAUUAAUCGAUAUGGUGACGAUUACCGGAGGCGACCAUGGCUUUCAGAUGGUGGCAUUGGAUUUCAUCAAACGAUCAACGAUGAAGUUAACGAUAUGAAGGUCCGAACAGCAGUACGUGAAGGCGAAGAUAUCUGUCUGGUGGGACAUAGAGAACUGCCAGUGUCGAUUUCCGCUUACGGCGACACCAAUCGGAUCCCUGCCUCUGUGCAGCAAGGCCUCAACAGUACCGGCAUCUCUUUGAAUCACGUCCCCGCCGGUGCGAAAGAUGCAAGCGACAAGAAAAUAUUGGUAGACAUGUUAUUUUGGGCAGUAGAUAACCCUGCCCCAUGCAAUUAUCUGUUAAUUUCUGGUGACCGGGAUUUCUCAAAUGCAUUACAUCAAUUAAGAAUGAGGAAAUACAACAUUCUUUUAGCUCAACCUCAGAAAGCUUCCAUAUCCCUCCUUGCAGCUGCAAAAAGUGUAUGGCUAUGGACCAGUCUUUUGGCCGGAGGUCCACCAAUAACUACCGGUGAAUCACCCACACCUGAUCCCACCUACAACCACACUCCACCUCUUAACUCAUUACAUACUCCGCUUCCCGAGUCAACUCAGAAUAAGAUGUAUCAACCCUUUGACAACCACAUGCAUCCACAUCCCCAGCAAUUUUCAAAUAUGGCAUUGCCUCCUAACUAUCUUUCUCAUCUUCAAAGGGCCAUCCAAGAGGCCAAUUAUAUGGAAGAAAAAACCCGUUUAUCUUCAAAUCCGGGCGAGAAACGAAAAUUUGAAGGUUCUCCCGGAACCUCAUCUAAGAAAAAUCGCGUCACUAAUCAUAAUAAUAAUAAUAGUAAUAGUAAUAGUAAUAGUAAUAAUAAUAAUAACAAAGGAAAGAAUCCUAAGAAGGGAGGGAUUCCUCUGUGUCUAAGUUGUAACAAAUAUCAUUUGGGUGAGUGUCAGUGCCCACGAUGUUUCCGAUGUGGACAGUCGGGUCAUAUAAGCACUGACUGCCUGAAUAAAGAAAUUACGUGUUUCAGAUGUGGUGAAGCUGGUCACAAAUCUGACACGUGUCCGAAGAAACAUGUUUUACCUAAGAAAACUAAUAAGAAAAAAGUGCCCCCCAUAAAAAAAGAAGCGAGUGAUGCUUCACGAUGUUACCUCUGUGGGAAUUUGGGUCAUAAAAGAUCCAAUUGCCCGAAUGAAGGUCAACAGGUAACGUGUUUUGGAUGUGGUCAACUUGGUCACAAAGCUGGUGAGUGUCCAAAGAAUAAACAGAAUGGUGAAAGUAGUAAGAAAGCUGACACGAGUCCGAUUAAAGAAGAUGAUGGUUCAAGUGCAUUAGUUAAGAAAACCGAAUUACAAUCCGAACCGCAGAUACAAGUAUUAAACAUGAGUACCGCAGAAGCGGUGGUGGUGAUUCCUGAUGUGAAUCUGGUCUCAGCUGUCCAUGUAAGUCAUGAAGAUGGAUUAUCUUGCCCUCCCUUCUGAGACUUAAGGUUUUCCUCAUACAAGACUUGCCUUACCUUGAGUUGAAGUUUUCAAAAAGAUGUUCUAAUCUCUAGUUUGAACCGUUUGGCUUACCAUGGUUGUACAUUUUAAGUUUAUUGAACAAAAAUUUGCAGUUAUCUUAUGGUUCAUUUCUUUAUUUUUGCAUUUUUUUAGUUGAUUUGACACUCUCCUUUUAAUGGAGAAAGUAUAUUUUAAUAUUGUGCUAUCAUUUUUUCUUUUUCUUUCUAUUAAGACAUUGUGCUUUGAAAAAUGUAUCCAAUCAUAGCGUUGAAUUAUCAAGUUUUUAAGAGCAUUAGGUAUGGGCCCGUUGAGGUGGUGUUAUAACAACUUAUAACACCAAGGGGGAAAUGAUGUUCAUGGUGUUAUGACCAUGUUAUGAGGAAGUUAAGAGGAGAAAAAUAGAGAGGGAAGAAAUGUGCAACCAAUCAAUGUUCUCGUUUCAAUAUGUCAUAACGCCAACAAGAUAUGCCAUAACACCAAGGGGGAAAUGGUGUUCAUGGUGUUAUGACCAUGUUAUGAGAUGCCACAUCAGCAAAACCAUCACUUCUUGUUGCCCAUACCAUAUACUCUAACUAUUAAGAUGUUAUAUUUUGAAAAAUCUAUCUAAUUAUAACCAUAGUUGUCAACUCGUAACUUGACUCGAGACUCAGAAUGUAGAUUUUCUACUCGUAACUCGACUCAUAAGUCAUAC